AUGCCUGAAGGAGAGGUGGUCCAGGCCAAGAAGUCCUUUAUGGGCAUGCCUGGCUUCGUUGUGGAUUUCUUGAUGGGUGGUGUAUCUGCUGCCGUCUCAAAAACCGCUGCUGCUCCUAUCGAGCGUGUUAAGCUCCUCAUUCAAAAUCAGGAUGAGAUGUUGAAGACUGGACGCCUUGACCGCAAGUAUGCUGGCAUCGGGGAGUGCUUUAGCCGCACAGUCGCCAAUGAGGGGGUGGUUUCGCUCUGGCGUGGUAAUACAGCCAACGUUAUCCGAUACUUCCCAACCCAGGCCCUCAACUUCGCUUUCCGUGAUACCUACAAGUCCAUGUUCGCAUUCAAGAAGGAGCGUGAUGGCUACGCAAAGUGGAUGAUGGGCAACUUGGCCUCGGGUGGUGCCGCUGGUGCUACGUCCCUCCUUUUCGUGUACUCCCUGGACUACGCCCGUACUCGUCUAGCAAACGACGCCAAGAAUUCAAAGACUGGCGGAGACCGUCAAUUCAACGGUCUGGUGGAUGUCUACAAGAAGACUCUUGCCUCUGACGGUAUCCUUGGUCUCUACCGUGGUUUCGGUCCCUCUGUCGCUGGUAUCAUCGUCUACCGCGGAUUGUACUUCGGAAUGUACGACUCCCUCAAGCCUGUUCUCCUGGUUGGUUCUCUCGAGGGUAACUUCUUGGCCUCCUUCUUGCUCGGCUGGACUGUCACCACUGGUGCUGGUAUCUGCUCGUACCCUCUCGAUACUAUCCGUAGGCGUAUGAUGAUGACUUCUGGUGAAGCCGUCAAGUACAAGUCUUCCAUUGAUGCCGGUCGCCAAAUUAUUGCCGCUGAGGGUGUUAGAUCUUUGUUCAAGGGUGCUGGUGCCAAUAUCCUCCGUGGUGUCGCUGGUGCUGGUGUGCUUUCGAUCUACGACCAAGUCCAAUUGCUCAUGUUCGGCAAGGCAUUCAAGGGUGGAUCUGGUUAG